UUUCAUUGUUCUCAUCUACAAGUUCUCAUCAACUAGACAAUAAAUUUUGGUUCUGGCCUGGUUUGUAAGUAUUCAGGUUCAAAGCCCACCAAUUCCAAAAGUUAUAUUCUUGAACAUUGUUCCCUCUAGCAUAGAUCCGUCUUUGUUUAGCCCGAUUCGAUUGAAUGCGUUAAAGAGGGAACCUACAUUGGAACGAACUUAAAGCGCAAGUUCUCGGGGCCCCCAAAAAUGAAUGUUUCUAUUUAAAACCCCGGCCCCGUAUCGCGUACAGUUUCAUUCAGCAGCAAAUUAGUCGCCCAGUGUAGACGCACCGGUUCAAAAUAAAAUAGAAAUCGAAUACGUUCCUGCCUCCUGCGGUUUAAAUAUAGACGGAGUGUGCGUGUAGUGAUCAAUUUUUUUUUUGUGAUUUGGAAUUUUUUCGAGUAAACACACCGAUACGCAAAAAAAUGGCUGAAACCAGAAGAGAUAUUCCGAUCAAGAUGGGCGAUUUCAGUGUUAUCGACACCGAAUUUUCCAGCAUCAGGGAACGAUUCGACGCGGAAAUGCGGAAAAUGGAAGAGGAAAUGUCGAAAUUCCGAUCGGAAUUGAUGAACAGGGAGAGCAACAAUUUUUUUAGAAGUACUACCAGCACCACGCAAUCGUCCAACACAAGCUCGCAAGACCUUGCGCACAGGGCCGGACCUCCAGCCGAGCUGCGCACUUGGUACGACGAUCUGAACUCUCCUCUGAUCCAAAGCGACGGUAACGACAAGAGCUUGAAACUCAGAUUCGAUGUGAGCCAGUACGCUCCCGAAGAAAUUGUCGUCAAGACUGUCGAUAACAAAUUGUUGGUCCAUGCCAAGCACGAAGAAAAAACAGAAUCCAAAUCCGUCUACAGAGAGUACAACAGGGAAUUUUUGUUGCCCAAAGGCACGAAUCCCGAACACAUCAAGUCGUCUCUGAGCAAAGACGGCGUCUUGACGGUCGAGGCUCCCCUACCGGCUAUCACCGCUGGCGAAAAACUUAUUCCCAUUCAACACUAAUCGAUAAAAACUACAAUUUUGUCAUCAAAAUAAAGCUAGAAUUCAAUACUCAUUUUGAUUUGGGCAGCUUAUAUUAUUGUUAUUUUUUUUUUCUGCCAGAAUUUAAUUAUUUACUUAAUUAUUAUUGACAAAUUUAUUUAUUUUCAUUUGACAGAAUAAUAUAUUAUGUUGCAAACAUAUAUUCAUAUAUAUCAUUUAUUCCAUUUUGUGUUGUUAUAUUAAAUAUCUAUAUGUUAACAUUUAUUCGUUUUAACGAAGUAAAAAUUAAUCUAACUCUCAAGCCAGAUGUGCUAAUAAGUAAAUAGAUGUUUCUUAUUUAAUUUUGGAGCUUCAAAGAAAAACCAUAGUAGUAGCCCACUAGUGUAUCUUUUUGUAAGUUAUUGGUAAAUAAAAAAAAAUGUAUUUUUAAGCUACAAA